UUAGGCCCCCAAAUCUUGCCUCCUUGUUGGCGCGUAAUAUAAGACUGUGUUCGUGUACCGUUUAAACUCCGAGGCUCAUGGGAUGCCCUCCACUCUUUGAUCUUCUUCUCCCACCAACCAUAUAUCUCACAAACUAAUAACCCAAACUGAAAACCCGUUUUCCUCUUUUGGUUUUCUUUGCUUAUUCCAUCUCAGAAUCUCCAUGCAAAAAACAGAAGAAGAAAAAAAAGCUUCAUUUUUUCACAGAACACAGAAUCUGAAUGUUUUUCUUUUGAGCUGAACGAUUUUACAGACACCCUUUUCACCACAUUUCUUCUCGAAGCUAAGAGGUGAGAAGAGGAGGCAGAAUCGAAAGUCUACUAAGUUUUAUUGUGUGGACUUUUCUGUUUUGCAAAUUUACAUGAAAUGAAAAGACAGAUUGUUCAUUGGUUUCUUCUGUAAAUGAGGGCCAACUUCAUUUGAGACCAUGAACGGUGAGUUUUCUGAUACUUCUGACCAAUAUUUCUGUCAAGGCAGAGCAAAUGUUGGGUCAGGAGAAAGGGCUGCUGUGAACAGAAAUGCUAACAACAUUUCGAUUCAGACUGGCGAGGAAUUCUCAGCUGAGUUUAUGCAGGAUCCUGCUACACUAAGAAGAUUAACGCCGGUCAAUACUAAUGUUAAUCAGCGCUCCUCGAGGAGAGUUGGUUUUAAUCUUAAUACAACAAAUCAUGAACCAGUUUAUGAGGAUCGGGUGAACAUUUUUGAUCCUAGGAGAAUGGAUCCUGACUACAAUUCAGAAGCCUUAGAUUUUGGUUCUAGUCCAGGAUAUAUGGCUGAAUUAGAUCAUAAGGUUUAUCCUAACAAUUUGAGCAGAUACCAUUGGGAGUAUGGUGCUGCAGGAAAGGGAUCAUCAGGCAAUGUUGGUGAUGAUUUAAAUCGUGAUCGAAUUGCUGCAGGGCCAAAUACUCCACAUUAUUAUGCAGAAUCACCUCAGUCAUACCAUAUGUAUGUUCCUGGAUUUUGUGAAGCUCCAAAAUCUGGCAAGGUGAAAUUUCUUUGCAGUUUUGGGGGAAGAAUUAUACAUAGGCCGAAUGAUGGGAAGCUUAGAUAUGUUGGCGGAGAUACAAGGAUUCUAUCGAUCAGGAAGAACAUGACAUGGGAGGAACUGGUGAAGAAGACUUCUGCAAUCUGCAACCAACCUCACACAAUCAAGUACAAACUUCCUGGAGAGGAUAUGGAUUCGCUUAUAUCUGUUUGUUCAGAUGAAGACCUUCAUAAUUUGUUUGAGGAGUAUCAAGAACAAGAGAGAAAUGGGUGUUCUCAAAGGCUGCGGAUCUUUCUUGUAUCUCUAAAUGAAACUGAGAGCCCGGGUUCUGCUGAAGCAAGGGCAAUGCAGCCAACCGGUAGUGAUUAUCAUCAGUAUGUUAUUGCUGUCAAUAGCAUGCUGGACCCGAGUCCACGGAAGAGUUCCAGCGGGCAAAGUUUGGCAAGCCAAUCUAGCCAAUUUGGCAAUAACUCUGAUUAUAGUCCAAGUUGUUGUAGAGGCUCUCCUACGGCAGCAUAUGCAGUGGAGAAUAAGGAAUGUAACAGUCCAAAUUCUUCAAACUUAGUGGGAUUUUUUGGAAGACCUGUUUCUCACUUUUCUCCUAAACUUCCUCCAAGCAAGUCCUACAAUCAUCUCCCUUCCAUGUCACAUUUUCCAGUUCAGCACUUGGAACCUGAGAAUUCUAAUUUGCACUAUUAUAUGGAUCAACCAUAUAAUGUUGGUAAUGGUGAAGGGACUAAUCCCUUUGUUACAGGAAAAUUCUCUUGUCAAGAUUCCAAUUAUGUUGAUGCUAAUGACUACUAUUAUAACGGGCCUUCACAGAUGAAUUUCCAUGGUUAUAACAAAUAUAUGGUGGAUUCUGAGCAGCCUAGCGGACCCCAGCAAAUGGGAUUUCACCAACGCAGCAGAAGUGGAGAUUAUGACUUUUCUGCAAUGAAUGUUCAAAGUGGUAUGAAAUCUUGGAGACCAGUGAUGAAGGAAGGUGAUUUCUGCUGUGACAAAUAUAUCUCUUACCCUGAAGACCCUCUUGGUUUGUUGCCUGCAACAAAUGGUAAAGAUGGUUCUCGGAACAAAAUAAUGCAUGCACUUUCUGAUUCAAAGUUGCAGGAACUUCACCAGAGAUCCUCUGAGGGAGUCUUCACCCUGCCUUUAUUGAAUAUUGAAAGAGAAAAAUUACAUCUGGCAUCUGGUUCUUCGAAAGAUUCGCCAACUCAACAGGAUAAGAUAGCCAACAAUCUGCCCCAAGUGGAUGAAUAUGAGAUUCAAUUGUCGGCCAGGGCGCCACAUUGUUAUAAUGGAAGAGAACAUGAGGAGAUACUGAAUUGGACAAACACGAAUAAAGCUCUUGAUGAUCACCUUAGGAGAGAAAUUGGAGAAAAUGUUGAAGUUUCAACUUAUACAAAAACUGCGGAAGUUAAUGAUUCACCAGAGACCAACUGUGUACAAGUUCUUGAAGGACUGGUGUCCCCUUCACCCGUCACUUCAAUGGAAUUCUCUGCUGAUACCACGAGGCAACCUUCUAACCAGGUUCAGUUCUGUCCUACAAUCAAGAGAAUAAGCAGUCAACCAGUUCUUGAUGGUAUUCAUGAACUUUUACCUGUAGCAUCUAAUGAACUUGGUGGCACGGAAUCCUUUUUCCAAAGCACUAAAUCAGAUUCACUUUUUUAUUCAGAUAAUGAAGUAUCUCGCCUUGAUAAAGAUCAGCUGAAUUGUACAGAUCAUGAAAUUGGAAAGUCAAGUUUUAGCAGAGAAUUCAAUGAGAUGACUAGGUUUGAUGAUGCUGUCUCUGCGCGGUCCUUUGAAACUGAUCAUGACAAUGAGGCGAGAAAAUCAACGACAGUUGUUAUUGAAGAUGUAACUCAUGGUAUACCUCAUGACAUUCCUUCCUCUUCUAACACGCUCCUCUAUGUAGAAGAUGAAGCUACAGAUGAAUGUAAAUCUAUUCAAGACGGGGAGGUAGAGAGUAUGGUGUCAGAUGGUGAGGAUGAAGAUGGUAGUGACACAGAUAGGAAUGACUCCAUGAGUGAUGCUACAAUAGCUGAGAUUGAAGCUGGCGUCUAUGGUUUACAGAUCAUAAAGUAUUCUGAUCUUGAAGAACAGCGAGAGUUGGGCUCUGGUACAUUUGGAACUGUCUAUCAUGGGAAGUGGCGAGGCACGGAUGUAGCUAUUAAGAGAAUUAAAAAGAGUUGUUUCUCUGGAAGAUCAUCAGAACAAGAGCGGCUGAUUAAGGACUUCUGGAGAGAGGCAAGGAUACUGUCAACUCUUCACCAUCCAAAUGUGGUAGCAUUCUAUGGAGUAGUUCCUGAUGGGCCGGGGGGAACGCUGGCAACUGUAACUGAGUUUAUGGUGAAUGGUUCAUUGAGGCAUGUUCUGCUGAAAAAGGAGAGAGUGCUUGAUCGUCGAAAGAGGCUCAGAAUUAUAAUGGAUGCAGCUUUUGGCAUGGAAUAUCUGCAUUUGAAAAAUAUUGUUCAUUUUGAUCUGAAAUGUGACAACUUGCUUGUCAAUUUGAGGGACCCUGAACGACCAGUAUGCAAGGUUGGAGAUUUUGGAUUAUCAAGAAUCAAAAGAAACACACUCGUAUCUGGUGGUGUUCGUGGAACUCUUCCGUGGAUGGCACCAGAACUAUUAAAUGGAAGCAGCAGCCGGGUCUCUGAGAAGGUUGACGUGUUCUCGUUUGGUAUUGUAAUGUGGGAGAUACUAACUGGGGAGGAACCUUAUGCUGACAUGCACUGUGGUGCUAUAAUAGGGGGGAUUGUAAAUAACACACUGAGGCCUGCUAUUCCUAAACGUUGCGAUUCUGAGUGGAAAAGGCUAAUGGAAGAAUGCUGGUCUGCUGAUCCUGCAGCUCGGCCAUCGUUUACAGACAUAACAGAAAGACUGCGCGACAUGUCAACAUCACUUCAGAAAAAUAAAAGACAGGAGCCUUCAACUAGACGAGUCCUAGAAUCCUCAUGUAAGUAAUGUUACUCACACAAACAUAUAGAUAGCUAAUUAUAUUCCAAAACCAAAAAGAACUCUUUGUAAGAAUUUGACCUUUGUAUAUUGAUGAAUACGUGAAUAGAUUCAUAAUCGAUUACAAGAUGCUACUAAAUUAUAAAGUUGAUGUAGUGAUCUGUUAUGAAUGUUUUUUUUUUCUUUCUUUUUUCUUUUACCUUGUAUCAUUUCAUUGAAAUCUUUACUCUAAAGCAAGUGAAAGUCCUUUUGAGAUUGGAAAUUUGUGUUUGACUUCUGCGAAAGUGGAAGUACACGAAAGAAAAGAUGGAAUCCAUGAACUAAAAGCGAAAAAGAAAAUUAGAAGAAGCAAAAUGAUGAAGAAUGGUUUAGACCAGUCUGAAAUCAAAUAAGUGUGAUGGUGAUCAGAUGUGUCUGCUAGCAAGUUGAUCAAGUGCAGAAAAUAAUGCAUGUCAUUCACCUUGCAAAAGGCUAAAGUGCUUUGCUUUGUAGCUGAACUUGAAGCUGCUAUAGUCUUAACUUCAAUAAUUUCCUAUCAUUCAUUGAUAUUUUUUGGGUUGACUUUGCUAUAUAAACAUAUGUUACAGAAUAUUUAUACACACACACAUAUAUAUAUAUAUAUAAUGGACAUGUGAGGAGCAUAAAUUGUUGAUAUUUUGAGUACAGCACUAGUUGGCCACACCAUUAUUGAG